ACAAAAAUGUCACCUGAAAUGUUUUGGCGGCUGUAAGCGUAGCCAAAGUUCUUGCAUUUGUAUGAUUAAAUGACACAAAUUCGCAGGAUGUCUCUGUUAAUUCGAAGAUGUAGGUUGGAUAAUUACUGGCGAUGUAUGAAACUUAGAAAUCUCGCAAAAAUUCGCGAAUUACAUGUCUCGUCAUUGAUUAACCUAGGACCUGUGAGAAACUUUUGCAAUUCGCACGCGAGUCCGAAUAUUUUGGAAGAUAAAAUUAGAAGAUAUUUAGAUUAUGUCACGAAAGAAUAUAAGAAUGAAGCUUCGAAGAGUAAUUUCUUCGAAUUCAUCGAUUUAAAGACUGUUGGUCAUUUAUUGGACGACAGAACGCAUCUCGUAGAGAAUAUUCAAAAUUUACAGGAUCUAGCGAAACAGGAUGUAGAGAUGAAAAAGCUAGCCAAGGAAGAAGAAACACUGUACAAGGAACAGUUGAACGAACUCGAUGAGAGACUGUUAGACAAUAUAUUGAUCAAUAUAUGCAAAGAAUCUUAUGAUAGUAUUAUCAUCGAGAUAACGGCAGGUGUUGGUGGUCAGGAAGCAAUGUUAUUUGUUAAGGAUCUAUAUGAAAUGUACAUGGGUUAUGCCAAAUAUUUAGACUUAACUCACGAAGUGAUCGAUAUGGAGACAAAUGAUAACAAUGGUAUUAGGCAUGUCAGUAUUUUGUUGUCUGGUGAUGAAACCUACAAAUUGCAAUACGAGGGCGGCGUACAUCGAGUACAACGGAUACCAGCCACAGAAAGAUCAGGCCGAGUACACACUAGUACAGCUUCGGUAGCAAUUUUACCAACGCCAUCAAAAGUACAAAUCGUAAUUAAUGAUAAGGAUCUAAAGAUUGAGACAAAAAGAGCGUCUGGCGCGGGUGGUCAGCACGUGAAUACCACAGAUUCCGCGGUAAGAAUAAUUUACUUACCGAGCGGGCUAUCUGUGUCCUGUCAAAUGCACAGAUCCCAAAUCAAGAACAAGGAAGUAGCAAUGAUUAAGCUGAGAAGUAUUUUGUAUGAGCAACAAUUAAAUAAACAGACAACAUUCAUAAGUGAGCUACGACAAAAACAGAUGGGAAUGAAAUCUAGAAAUGAGAAGGUCAGAACAUAUAACUACAAUCAGGAUCGUGUGACCGAUCAUAGGCUACAGAAUGGAACUAUGUAUAACUUGCCAGAGUUUAUGCAAGGUGGAGUAGCGCUAGAAAAGCUAGAGGAAAGAUUGCACAAAGAUAUACAGAUGAAAACUCUUUUAGAAAUAAUUAAUAAAUUGCAAACCCAAAUAAAAUAUUAAUUUUCUCUCAAAUUAUUCUGAUACAAAAAAUGUCCACUUUAUAUAAGUAAGCCAUUGUAUAUAGCAAGUUGUAAUAAAAAUUAUA